AUGCAUUCUCCUUCAUCAUGCAAAGCGUCGUGGGAUAGGUUGCCUAGCGAAAUCCGCCUUCUCAUCCUUCAAAGUUUGAUGCAAGAUGGCUCUACGCUAGCUUGCCUGGCCGCCGUAUCUCGAGCGUGGCAGACUGACAUCGAGCGAUACAAUUUUAGUCGCAUCAGAUUGACCCCAUCGCGCCUCAUGGACUUUCGUUCCAUGGUCCCUCGCAAUCAAGCUCUCGUCCGCUAUGUCUGGUUCUGCUUGGAACUGGAUGGCUAUGAUUGCACUCAGUGUGCUCCUAGGAAUGGAGUGCUCACAGGAGAGGAGGUGGAAGAUGCGAUGAAUGUUAGCGACACAGAACACUGUCCUAUUACCACGGCCUUUCAGGGUUUGUUCUCGACUCUCAGUGGAUGGAACCAAGCCAGCGAAUUAAUGCUUGACAUUAGCAUUUACUCGCCUAGUGACGCUCAACAUUGGUUUCCCUAUCUGACCUUUAUGCCUGAUAACCCUUCCGAUAGGCUACAUGGUCGUGGCCUAGAGCCGGCCACAAUAAACCAAGGCUAUCAUGACCCUCCCCACGGCUGGGUUGAUGGUUUUCGACACUCAGCUCCACCUCGGGCAGCGGUCAAUAAAGUUUUCUAUCCUAUCAUGGAGGAGGGACCGUUUGGUAGCGAACAGUCAGAAAUCGAAUGGUGGAAUCAGCUCCCUUCAGUCUCCGCCGUCACGAGUAUACUUCUCCGGCAACAGAAUCGCCUCUAUUAUGAGCCAUGGAGGGAGUGGGACGUUUUCCAGCGCCAUACAGAUAAGGAAUAUCUAUAUCUUUUCGAGUCGAUCCAACAUGACCAUUAUCCUCUUAAAAGGUUGGUGGUCUUUGAGAACUUUAACCAACAGUACCCAGUAUUUAUGCAACGAUUUUAUCAAGGGGAGGAUUUGGCCGAGUGCGACAGUAUUCGUAACCCAUCCCCAGCUGUUAGCCGAACGAUUGCAAUCACCAGCCUCCCGCUAGAGCAUCUCGCCGCCUCCUUCAUUGUAGAGGCUCGCCAUUUCUUCGAAAUUGACCCGUCUUGGGAGUGGCCCAAACUAACCUCGCUGGUAUUGACUUCCCGACUCCUCAAGCCAGAAGAGGAUUCUACCAAGAUAGGCGCUCUACUACAGGCAGCGGCGGUAGCGGCUCUUAGGAUGCCACGGCUAGAAACCAUGGAUAUCUGGAACGGACAAAAGGGACUGGCGGCGCUUUUCCAGUAUCGCGUGAACCGCGUUUCAAAGCAAGCCAGAAUUCUUUGGAGGGGCACAUGGAAUUAUGACAUAGUACCCUCUGUCCUUCAGGCUUGGGAAGCCGUCGGAGAUCUACAUGCCACUUGGAAUCUCGAUAUGGUCCAGGAACAGGUGGAUAAAGCUGCCAUCCGGUCACAUGGUGAUGCCUUGCACCACCUAAUGCUCUCUGGCCAAGCCAUUCGGUCUGUCUCGUUGCAGCAGAUCCGGAGGGAACAAAAGUGUCUGGAGGGUGUGGAGAUUUUGCCGUGA